UUCAAUCGACCGUGAAAUUGUGAGUUGGGUGCAAUUAUGUUUUGCUCUUUUCUGAUUUAGUACCUGCCUUGUCAGCUUGCAAUGAUUUAUAAUUAUAGGAAGUCGAUUUUGACGUUACUAUGCGUGUCGUGCCAUAUUCUAGUUUCAGACGCAUCGGUAAUCAAUGUAGCCACAACAGUGCCUCCAGAUGUAGAAAAAAUACUUGAGGAUACCAAUAUGACUGAAGUUAGCGAGAUUCUCAAUAAGUCUAGAAGAAUAAUUGAUGGCGUUGAGUCUGUGACGAAAAGACCUUACAUGGUAUAUCUUCAGCUGCCGGCAAACAACCCAAAGUACCGAGACUACCGCCGAUGGCUUUGUGGUGGCGUCAUCGUCCACGAUGAAUACAUACUGACCUCCGCGGCGUGUAUCGAAGACGCCAGAAACUUCUACGUGGUUUCUGGGACGUACAAGCACAGCGAGGACUGGUCGUCAACUAACAACAUGUGCAUUAAAAAUGGCGCGAAAAAGGCGAUUUGGAAGUGUGUUCCGAGAAACUACGUGUUCGACGGGCACGAGAACGACAACAUUCGGUGGAUGAACAACGACAUCGCCGUCGUGAAGGUUGAAGACGAGUUCGACUUCGAGCGCAGGAUCCGGGGCUGCGACUAUGUGCCCAAGCCCAUCUGCUACAACAAUCGGAGUUCAUCGUUCGAGAAUCCAGGCAACAAGGGAGUCAUCGCCGGCUGGGGAAGCACAUUGAAAUAUGACGACUGGGUAAACUCGAACAGGCGGGACAUGAACUUGAAUAUCCUCCGAGAGACCCAAGUGCACAUCAUCAGCAAGAGGAAGUGCAAGCGACGCUGGGGCGCGAGAUACGCCAACAUAAUUGACAACUAUAUGAUCUGCACUAAAGAUUCCACUCCAGACCUUAGUGAGGUUUGCAAGGAAAAAUACGUGGAUUGCACCGACAUCAUGUACUCCGGAGAUUCGAGCGAUAAGAAGAUGCGACGUGUUAUUGAUCCCUCAUCGCUGGUGCUUCACAGCCCCUUCCACAACGAUUCUGGGCGCAGAUCCGGCAGCGGAGGUUUCUGUGAGAACGAUCACGGCGGCCCCCUGAUAGCGAACGACGUCAGCCACAGGCCUCUGGUCAUCGGAAUCAUCUCAGCGUGUCUCGUGAAGGAGCGCACCAACAGGUGUUACGGCCCGUUCCUCUACACCAGCGUCUACAAAAACAGGAUGCUGAUCAACUGCGCUGUUUAUAAGGACACAUCCCCAGAAUGCGCCAAGAUGUACAGAUCCAGUAUAACGCACACGGAAACUGUGAUGAGUUGGGCUGAUCAUCCUGAUGGACCAGCAAAGAACGAAAUCGCUGCAUUACGAAGAGCGCAAGAACAUAAAACUAAUUCAACACAAUCAAUCGAGGAACACUUGACAGAUGGAGUAAAUGCGACUAGCGGAGUUAAUGAGUCUAGUGGUGUAAAUGUAACUGUUGGGCUAAAUGCGACUGCUGAUGUGACAGCAGGGACAGAUCCAGUAAAAGAGGAACAAGCAACUACGGGGGCACAUGCCACCCAGACGGAAUUUGUGGACAAAGUACAAGAGCACGGUGGGCUAGUACUAAGGUCCGGUUAA